UCGAUCUCGAAAGCUCUGGUAAUUCCUGCAGACCCUUUCAAACACAGGGCAGCAAAGGGCAGCAGCCGCAGCCAUGGCCGAGGAAACCAAGGAGGCACCCUCCUUUGUGCCCGCAGCCCCGCCGCCGCCGCGCCGCGUGCGCGACCGCAGCUCCUUCAGCCAGAGCCAGGCGCCGCUGGCCACGGAGGCCCCGGCCGCCACGCGGGGCUCGCUGUUCAGCGUCGCCUCGUCCGGCUCGCGGCCCUCCGAGGCCGACAGCACGAUCAGCUUUAAUUAUGAUGACGACGACGCCGAGGCGCCGGCCGCGCCGGCGCCCGCGAGCGAGGGCUUCUUCGCGCGGCUGACGGGCACGGCGAAGUCGACGCCCGAGGACGCGGAAGAUGUCUUCGACGAGACCACGGACCUCGCGGCGACCGCCGAGGACGAGCCCCUCAUGCGCAAGUCCCUCAGCCAGCGCGAGCGCUACCUGCCGCGGCUCGGGUCGCAGAUCUCGGCGGGCCGCCCGUCGCUCCAGGUGGACCGGCCGCGCGCCGGGAGCAUCGACGCGCGGACGGCGCUCCUCACGACGGAUGACGACGGGGAUGAUAAAUAUCGGGGCUCCCUGUGGAACGCGCUCAAGACCAUGGGCCUGUCGUCGACGGCGAACAAGAAGAGCAAGGAUAAGGUGCUGGGGUUGCGAGCGGUCGAGGCGAAGACGACGAUCCACGGCGCGCGGGGCCACGUCGGCUACGGCCGGAAUAGAAGAAAGUCCGAGGCCCACUCGUACGUGGCGCCGCGCGUGGACCAUCAGGUAUCAAAACCUUGGACCGGACGGGUGCUCUAUACGCUGGCAUUACUAAACAUCGUGGUCUGGCUGCCCGUGUGGCUGAAAUUGAUCUCGAUAGAACGACAGUACCUGCCGAACACGCCGGUCUCGGUCUUCAACGGCAACGUCGGUUUAGAACUCAAAGUGCCGUCCUUCGACCCCGAUUACGUGGCCAAGGUGCACGCGAAGCGCGAUCGCGAGGAGGGCCGCGACGACUCCACUGAAGACGACGCCGCCGCCUACGUCUCGACGGGCGUCAAAGCAUCGACGUGGUACGACGGCACGUACACGACGGGCUACUGGGACUGCUGCAAGCCGAGCUGCAGCUGGCCCGGCAAGGGUCUGGUCGAUUCGCCGGUGCGCGCGUGCUCGGCCGAGACGGGCAAAGUGACGUUAGACUUCAACGAGGGUUCUGUGUGUGACGGCGGCACGGCGGCCUCGUGCACAUCCAACAAACCCUGGACCCACAACGACGGCGUGUCAUUAGGUUUCGCGGCGGCGUCGACGGGGGGCCACCCCUACUUAAACGGCGACCAGAACUGCGGCCAGUGCUUCGAGCUCGUCUGGACCGACGGGCAGCAUAGUUACGGGGGCGGCGCCCAUUCUGAUAUUGUGGGCAAGUCCCACAUCGUCCAGGUGACGAACAUCGGGUACGACGUCUCGGGAGACCAUUCUUUUGAUUUGCAGAUCCCGGGCGCCGGGCAAGGAAUUUUCGAUUCAGGCUGCGCCGCGCAGUUCGCGAACGUCCCGUCCCAAGGCACGUCCUGGGCUACGGAGGACUUCGACUGUGGCAACAACUACGGCGGAUGUUAUGAUAUAGCAGAUUGCGACGCGCUCCCGGACGACACGGACUUCCCGCCCGGCUCCGGCCCCGAUUUGAGAGAUGGGUGCAAGUGGCGCUUCGGCGACGCCUACAAGCAGCACGACAAUCCCCAGGCCAAGCCGGACCCGACGAACAACCCCUACGUGCGGUUUAGGCGCGUCAAGUGCCCCUCCGCUUUGACCAACAUCACGUGGUCCAUUCCGUUGGACGACGACGACUACCCGGCCGUCGAUCUUGACAGUUACGCGUCCGAUUAUACGCACCCGCCCACGUUAUUGCCGACGCUGACGCCGGCGCCCUCGCCUGCCAGUGCGAACACUUCUUCACCAACGCCGCGGCCAGUCCCGAAACCGACGCCAGCCCCCACGCCCUGGGACGGGCCGUCCGAGCUCUGCGAGGUCUGCCCGAACGGCCAGGACGUCACGUUCCCCGUGGCCGCCGAGGUCACGAACUUUACGCAAGAGAACAUUCCAGAUGUAAGAAGUGCCUCAUACGUCACGCUCUACGCGUCCUUCGAUUUUAGUGAUUGGUUCCAGGUGUCGCAUAGCGGCGUCUUCACGGGACUCAGAGAUGCCCUGAACCAGACCGUCGACGUGUGCACGGACCCGCCGCCCGAGCUCGACGACUUCAUCAUGGGGGCGAGUGCCGGCUCGAAGAUCACGUCCUACCAGCAGGCCGUGGAAGCGACGACGGACACGUCGGCCACAACCACAAAAGGCACGCAAACCGAAAUGGUCUCCGACAUCCAGCCGAUCCUGGACGACGAGUUCCAGGCGUUUUUGGACUACGAGCGCGACAUCGUCGACGGCCACCUGUCGACGUGCUGCAUCGGCAUGCCCACCUACACCUACUUGGUGGCAUGCUUAACGCCGGAAUACCCCCACGACAUCACGGAGAACUUCUGGUACUACCAGCCGCAACGAGGGCCGCCUUUCGACGACCGGUGUGUGGCCAUCGGGUCGAAGUGCGGCGGCACGUGCGGGAAAGCUGCUCGUAAUGUUAUUGAGGAUGAGGAGUUCUGCGUCGACGGCGAAAUCCCCCUGGACAAAUUAGUGUCAAAGAGGACGGCCGUCGAGUGGGGCAUCACGGAAGGUCCACAGAUAAAAAAGCGCCAAAGGAAGCGCUGGGUCGACGGCCAUUUUGAGUUGAAAGGGUGGAAGUACGCGUUACACGUGCUCUUUGUAUUAAUGAUGACGAUCAUGGGCACUUCUGCUUGGGUUACGUUUCUACCCGGCACGGGCGUCAAUAAAGAUCCGCUACCCCCGACGAUGCGGGAAGUGGAAGACCACAUGGAGUUGAAUGCCGAGACGCAGAACCCCCUUUGUCUCGUGGCGUUCUCCAUCUCGGCCUCCGAGCCUAGGAUGAUGGUGCUACGGAACUUGGUGGGCAAGAUGAUGGCCUGGGUUGUAAGGAGAAAAUUUGUGUUUGAAAGCCAAGCGAUGACGCAGAAGGUCCAGUUGUUCGAGGAGGAGUCGUCCCUGAAACAUCUACAUAGUCCGACGCGAGUUCGGAUCAGUGAGGAUACAAAUAUGGCCUAUACCGAGCGCUUAAAAGCGUUCUAUUCCAAAUACGACCCCAUGAAAGUAGACGGCGUCUUUGCCUUACUAAAAAAGUACAAAGGUAAAGAGGAGGAGCUGAUGACCGAGCUCGUGCACAAAUACGGCCCGGAACCGCCGCCCCGAAGCCAAAGGGAACUGAGACGGGCGAGAAAAGAAUCAAGUCAAACAAUCUCGGCGGAACGGCGCUUAGAUGAAUAUGUGGAGAUGAUCGACAUCUUCCAGGACGAGGGCCAUCGGGUUGGGGCCUUUGCUCUCUGGGCGGCGUUUGCCAAUGUGGUCGAUCAUGGUGAUUUGCGCUUCCUCGCGAAGAUGGCCGAGAAGAUGAAGGACAUGGAUGCGUCGGUAGACACCUUAGAUAAGGAAUUAGAGUCAGGGGUGCUGCUGGACGAUUCGCUCAGGAGUCUGAUCGGCGACUACGGCGUUUCCCGCGAGGACGCGCAGCAAUUGGAGCUGGCCUUCUACUGCUUCGAUUUAUUAAAUGCGCUGGGCCACCACUGCUUCUGGUACAGCGACCCGCAGGUGAAAGUGGUCGGCAUGUGCGACCUCGCGGGCAACGAGGACGCGGAGCGGUGUUUAAGAACCUGGGCGAAGAACUGGAAGACGGCCAGGAAGAAGGGCCUGCACCCCUUCUCGCCGGGCGUCGCGCCCAUGGACGACGCCGCUAUCAGUAGGAGGGUCUGGGACGCGUGGUACGAGUUGUAUAACGAGCAGGGUCGGACGAAGUGGCCGAAGCGGUUCGACUUCACGCAGUUCCGCACGGCCGAGGUCCAUUAUUACUCGGACGCCGGGGAACGGGGAGACUUGUUCAGGACCGUAGUCAUGUGCUAUUCGGCGCGGGCCAACCCCGAGGACAUCAAGAGGGCCUCGGGAUUUAAAGUAAGGGAGGUGCGGGGUGUCAGGGUGGACACGUUCGUGCGCUUGAAAGAUGAGACGUCUUCCAGUGCAUUAAUCUGCAAGACAUCUCAAAGAAUGCUGACGUACCCGGAAGCGCGGCGGUGCCACGCGCGCGUCGUGGGCUUCGCGUCCAUCGACGGCGUCAAACAUGUUAAAUUGAAGGAGUGCACGCCGGAACUGCUCGCGGCCAUGCCCGACGCCGCCUUUCACUGGAGAGGGUCGAGCGGAUGUAUGGAGACGCUCUGCUGUCUUAGUGAAGAGAAGCGGGACUCGCGCAUUAUAGAAAGGGGCAAGGCGUCGAUCCAUGAAGCCAAAAAACGGGACUUCGAGGCCGUGCUGCCGAUCGACGUCGUCGAGCCGCUCCGCGAGUGCCGCGGGAAGUCGGGAGGCAUGAACCACGCCGUCGCGGUGGUUAAUGGGUACCUGCACCACUACUCGCGGACGAUGAGGAGAGUAAGGAAGCGGCGGGACUACUCGCGGGACGCGGCCGACGCGAAGCAGGUCGGUCAUUUACUAUUUGCGAUUUUUGACUGUCGGCACAUGGCGCUCGAGGGCUUCUGGGAUUCGAUUGUGCCCCAGUUUUAUAGAUAUACGAAUCCGAACAACCCGUGGUCAGCUGAGCUCGAGAUCAACCCCAAGGUCGCGUUCGUGCAGCUCCCGCAGACGUUCACGGGUCUGUCGAUCCGCGAGGACUUUUUUGACAUGAGGAACGAGUAUUUAUUUAGAAUGGCCAACACCGUGCGGACGGGCGUCGGCGCGAUCACGAGCUGCGGCACGAACGCCGUCUGGAACUACCCAUUGUUGGAUGCCACGACGCCAUUGGCGCACAAAUUUAACGAAGAAACGAUGAUCGAGGACACGGCGUCGUCGCACGAGGCCAUCGUCGCCGGCCGGAAGGGCGUCUACCUGUUCAAGAGAUUAGUAUUAGGCGCGAGGAAGGGCACGGCGGACUACGUGGCCGCCGUGUUCCGCUGGUCGAAGGGCGCGGUGCAGCUCUCCUGGACGUCGUUCUGGUUCCCCCUGCAUCGCUACCUCUACCCGUGGCUGGUCUUGUUUUUCGUCGUCGCGCCCAUCAUGGCCACGGUCAUCUACUUCCAAGCCACGCGGUUAGAUAAGUGCCACCGCACGAAGUACUCAUCAAAAAUGUGGGCGACGCUGGGUGUCGACAAGGACGAUCAGUGGUGCCGCCUGGGCCCGACUGCCUGUCUCAGUGCAUAAAUCAAAUUGUCGCGGCGCGUCCGCCACUCAAUCAUGACAUCCACGCCAUCGACGCAAUCGGCUCGAUGGCGUGGCCUUGUGGUCUCCCACUGCUCGAUUCAGUCAGCACGGCCGCGUUCUCGCCGAGAAAGGACUUAGUGAAGAAUUAUCUGAAUGCACCCGAUUCACUGAUUUCCACACAGGUCGGUCUGAUCAGCGACCCGAUCUUCGUGUGUUACGGUAUAUAUAUGGUCCUCAUGAGCGUCGCGUCGUUCAACAAUCCGCGCAUCGGCGCCAACCUCAUCAUGUUCGAGAACAUCACGUACUUCUUCUCGUCCCAGACGGCCUACUUCUGGCUCGCGAUCCCCUGCGUCAUGACGAUGGCGCCGGACCCGUCGGCUUUGACGUACGACGCGGUGACGUUGACGAUCGGCGGGCUCUGGGUCGAGGUGCACAUGAACUACAUAUAUGGGCACAUCGCGGCGUGGGCGCCCCUCGAGAACAACCAGGCGCCCGACAAACUCGGUUUAUUGCGGGCUCAGCAGAUGUUCUUCGUGACGGCGCCGCUCCAUACAUUAGCCAUCUUCCAGGGCACCCAGGACAGCUGGAAGAUUCUGUUCGCGGCCAAGGAUGCGAGCAGGUGGGCGUCCUUCGACUCCAUCAAUGCAAUCACGACCGCCAAAUUGUGGGUCCUGACCAUGAUGGUCAUGCUGUCGUCGUCGAUCGUCGUUGGAUUAGUCAGAAUCGGCACGGCGAAAAAACCUUUCGACGAGAUCGAGCGCUGGCUCGGCGUCGUCAUGAGCUUCGUCUUCCUCUCGCUGACGGCCGUGCCGUCGGCAGCCAUGUUCUUCCACAAGAGCGUGACCAAAGCUAAGGCCAAGCCGUCGCUGAUGGACCGGUGCACCGCGGGCGUCUUCGGCAAGGCCCUCGUGAUCACGCCGUCGCUCUUCUACAUGUUCCUCUACUCGGCGGCCAUCGUCGUGCUGCUCGCGCUGCGCGGGCGGGCGCGGAACGCGGGGUUCUAAGACUUAAGACUGUACUUAUCGGGGGCGACGGGCGGACGACUGUGGCGACACAAUGUGGCCAC